AUGCCAAACCCGAGUCGUCCCGCGGCCCCUCGCCUUCCUCCGGUCGAUGAGGCUGUUGUACCCUUCUCCGAACUCUUCGAAAAUGGCUUUGAUCGCGCGACCAUCGACGCCACUGCCCAGCUCGCCGAUCAGAGCAUAUUUGUAGCAUCUAACGGUCGCCGCUUUCGCCUGGAGCGCAUCCCAGACCCCGACCCCGGCCCCAUCCAAGCCCGCACGCCAGGCGCUUCGCCGAUCGCUUCUGUUGGUCUUGGUCCCGCGCAUUCUGUACCUCUGCAUCCUCCUCCGGCCCCGAGCCCCACAUCCUCCAGCGCCCCCGUAGUUGCUCAGAUAGCCGAGUUGGACGCCUCCGACAGCGCCCCAAGUUCAAGUUGGAGACGGCCUCCGUCUGAUGCUAGCUUUCACUCCCGCUCGCCCGACGGCUACCCUGUUCGGCCCGGGCAGGGAAGGUGUGCCGUCCCAGGCGCACAAGCCAACAUCGCGACCCACGAAGUCACGAAUAUGAUGUCGCAUCUCAGUGUAAGUCGUUUCGGUGCAGCACCGCUGUACCGAGAGUCAGACGGCGGAGUGCAGGCAGCCGAGACUCUCACAGAUCCAUAUUGGGCGCCAAGGUCGCCCAUAGACCCCAGCAGUCCGAUAGCAGCCACGCCGAUACUAUCGCACAGCCAACUCUCACAACCAACGGACCAGCAGCCGCCAGUAUCCGGGACGCCAUAUCACGGCCGAGACAACUCGGGGAUUUCACCGGUCACUUGGCCCAACAUCAACUAUGUCGACUACACCGCCCAGGCGAACUUCCACGUUCAAAACUCACGGCAGGCGGCAGUCACCCCCUCGGGACUCCCUUCGCUCAUGGAGGGUUCUACCCCACUGUCGCCUGCGCAUGGGACAUCUGACUCGGAUCCAAUCCCAAACUUCUCGUCGGACAGUGUCUCAUACGUAGCCACGUCCACUGAAUAUCCCAGCCCGCCGGUCUAUACCUCGGCGACAGCGCCGCCCUCUCUUGUAGGCCGGCGCCCGAGUUAUAUCACGGCGGUAGGGAAACACCGUGACAUGAUCGAUACUUUGACCCCUGUUGUUGUGCUCCCGCACACCCCGUCCAACUCGAGCGACGGCGGGAGUACCGUAACAGGAAGGGACAAUGUAUUGCCUGGCGAAGAUGCCUUGUUUGACGGACCGGUGAAGAGCGCGCCGACGCUUGCAGCGCCCAUGUUCCGGGAAGGCGUGCUCAAGGUGUUCCGAAACACGCUCACCAACGAUCUCAGGUUUUACUGCCGAGUUGAUCGCGAGUCAGAGACAUAUUGGAUGAAAGCGAACAACGCCCAACUUGUCCCCGCCUACGCCUACGACCAGCGGCUGUCAAACAUUGUCUACGUUCGUGACAGGGAACACGACAAGGGCGGCAGCGGGUACGUGCAGGCCUCGCAGGCGAACGGCAGGCCCAGCGGGAUAUACCAGUUCCCGAGUCUCAAAGACCUCUUCGAUUUCCAGGCCAAACUCACAGGCGAGAAGGUCGUCCUGGACAUUGGCAGCGUGCGCAUGGUCAGGCUCAGCAAGGCCAACAGCCGGUCGAGCACGGCCUACUCGAGCGCGCGGCUGCAGAUCUGGCACGAGGCCGAGGGCGGCCGGCGCAAGACGCAGUCGGACGGCGCCUCAUUUGUCACGGCCGGCACGGCGCUGUCCGGCCCGCUCAGGACCAGGACAGUGGUCAGCUCGUCGAGGCUGCUGCUGUACCUCGGCCGGUUGGGGGAGUAUAUCACUGUCUAUAGUACGUUUUGA